UGCUGUUGGCCUUUACGAACUCGAUCAGUUGCUGCUGCUGCUGCAGGUCCAGGUGUUAAUCCGACCGAAAAUUAAAAUUUUGGGCCUUUAUUUCUAGAAAUUAGUUCGGACUUGGGCACCCAAACAUGGCGGCUGCAGUCAGGUUGCUCCUGGCAGAUCCAGCAAGUCAAAUGCUACGACUGGCGAAAAGAUUUAGUUCAACAACUGCAAAAAUCACUACACACUACACAGUUGUUCCUCGGGACAACGACCCUAGGUGGAAAGAUGUGAAUAUGGAGAGAUUUGAAGACCAGGCUGACGUAGUUAUAGUCGGUGGAGGACCUGCAGGAUUGUCUGCAGCUAUAAGACUGAAACAACUCGCAGACACCAAUGGGAAAGAGAUGCGAAUUUGCGUUGUUGAAAAGGCAUCUGAAAUGGGUGGACACACGCUCUCUGGUGCUUGCAUCGAGACCAGAGCGCUGGACGAACUCAUUCCUGACUGGAAAGACAAAGGUUGCCCAUUGACGACGCCAGUCAAAGAGGACAAAUUUGCUCUGCUAACUGAAUCGGGACGCAUCCCAAUCCCUAUCCUGCCUGGAAUGCCUAUGUACAAUCACGGCAACUACGUUGUACGGCUCGGCCAUCUGGUUAAAUGGCUUGGAGAGCAGGCUGAAGGAAUGGGAAUCGAACUGUACCCUGGCUACGCCGCAUCUGAGGUUUUGUAUCACGAGGAUGGCUCUGUCAAAGGUAUUGCCACCAACGACGUGGGAAUUGCCAAGGAUGGAUCUCCUAAGGAAGUGUUUGAGCGCGGAAUGGAGCUUCAUGCCAAGUGCACUAUUUUCGCUGAAGGCUGCCACGGCCAUUUAACCAAGCAGCUUGCCAACAAAUUCAACUUGCGUGAUAAGGCUGAGCCGCAAUCAUACGGCAUUGGACUGAAGGAAGUUUGGGAAAUCGACCCAGCCAAGCAUAGCCCUGGCCGCGUCGAGCACACCGUUGGCUGGCCACUGGACAAAAACACGUAUGGAGGUUCCUUCCUGUACCACCUGAACGAGGACACUCCUUUGGUAGCCGUUGGUUUUGUUGUUGCCCUCGACUACACAAAUCCGUACCUCAGCCCCUUCCGCGAGUUCCAGCGCUUCAAGACCCACCCUUCAGUACGAUCUACAUUUGAAGGUGGAAAAAGGAUUGCCUAUGGUGCCCGUGCUUUGAAUGAGGGUGGCUACCAAGCCAUUCCCAAGCUCACGUUCCCAGGCGGAUGUUUGAUUGGCUGCACGGCUGGAUUUUUAAAUGUGCCCAAAAUCAAGGGAACCCACACAGCCAUGAAGAGUGGAAUGCUUGCGGCUGAAAGUGCAUAUGAAAUUGUGGCUGAUGAAAAUACACCAACGGACAAAGGCUUGGAGCCAGUGAAAUACGAAGAAGCCCUGAGGAACAGCUACGUUUUCCAGGAGUUGUAUUCCGCGAGGAAUGUGCGACCAUCGUUCCACACCAAACUGGGUCUGUAUGGAGGCCUCAUGUACACAGGCCUGUUCUAUCUGAUCGCAAGAGGCAAGGAACCGUGGACCUUGAGCCAUGGAGGUGCCGAUCACACCAAGCUGAAGCCAGCCAAAGACUGCAAACCGAUCGAAUAUCCCAAGGCCGACGGCAAAAUCAGUUUUGAUUUGCUGGAGUCUGUAGCCUUGACUGGCACCAAUCACGAAGGUGACCAGCCAGCUCAUCUCACCCUCCUGAAUGAUGAUCAGCCCGUCAAUCAUAACUUGGCUAUUUACGAUGGUCCCGAGGGAAGAUUUUGUCCUGCAGGAGUCUACGAGUAUGUUCCAUUAGAGGAGGGUGACGGAAUGCGGUUGCAAAUUAAUGCUCAAAAUUGCAUACACUGCAAAACAUGCGACAUCAAGGAUCCCGGCCAGAACAUCAACUGGGUUGUUCCCGAGGGUGGCGGUGGACCCGCUUAUAAUGGAAUGUAAUUUCGUGAAUUGCUAACUCAAUUUGUUAAUUAUUUAAGAGACUAUAUUUUCGUUAUUGCUUAAUAAUCGUGGAAAUAAAACUCAAUUUUUACGC